AUGCUGGCUGCCGUCAAAUACAACGGAAAGAACACUGAGGGUCUCAUAAAAGAAGGUGAAAUUCAAGCAUUAGUAAAGUUAAUUCCGGGUUGUUCAUUGACGGAGAAACACCGAAUAGAAGAGGUUUUACGAGUUUUGAAACUAGCUGCGUCCGAAAGUGAAGCGUUCAAAGAUCUGCUUAAUAAUUUGGCAUCUGUGACCAUUAGCAUUCCCAGCGAAGAACUCUACAAAUCGCUAAACAUUUUCUUACGGCAACAGGGUUGGAGGAAUAUCGCAAUCCUCUAUGAGAGAAGUGAGCUGGCGUUGGACUAUGAGGCUAUCGGUGAAACAGUUGCCUAUUUCCUUGCGAAUACAGAUAAACCUAAACUGAAUGUCAUUUUACAGGGCAGUCUUCUGAGGGACAGUGACCCUGAACGUAUUGUCAGUCGAUUCGCAGUUAAGUGUCAUGCCAUUAUUCGCAUUGCACACACACUUACUGGACUCUUUUUCCUGUCGAAAGUCAAGGACAUGUCAAUUAUUCAAAACGGCGACGUUGCCAUUGUGAUAUUUAACCCUGGAAACAAUAUCAGCGUCUCUGUGGCCAUGGCCACCGGAAUGGCAGUUGGAUUGACCUACCUCAACCUGAAGGCCAAUAACAAUACCAUUUCGGAGAACGAGGAUUUUUUCUGCCCAGUCGCACAGGGAGUGGUGGAGUUUCCUAUCCUCCCUAAUAUAACCCUUUACUUCGGUCGUAACCAGAACGAAUUUAUAAUUCCAUACGAUUAUUACUUUUUUGGAUUUUCCGAGAACGUUACGUGGAACGACUUUAAUGUGAGCACGGCGAGUUUUGAGGAGAUAUUUGUACUGCACAGCGUUCUGCUCUGGCCGCGUACGAGUCUUGUUGAUGUUGCAAGGAAAGUCUGGCCCGGUGGGGGCUGUGGUCCAGAGAGUGAUCAUUGCCUGCAAACCCCCUGUAAUUCAUUUGACACCAACCAUGGUGAACUCUUCACAAUCUUGUUCGGCAUAGCGCUACCAGCUGCUUUCGUGCUUUUCAUUCACAUUUUCUACCACACGGACGUGGACUAUGUAGACCACAUAGCCAGGAUCAUGGUAGAGUACUCGGUGGAACUUGAAGCUGAGGUGGAGCGUAUGACAAAAGAUCUACAGGAGGAGAAACAGAAAACUGAAGCUCUUAUUAAUAGCAUGUUACCUCGGUACUUAUUUCUACUUGCUUAA